AUGAAUGAAAGUUGGGUUUUUGAGAACAGAACCCUCGAUCCAAAAGAUGUCAUCUGCAACUCCAUUAAGCUGGCAAGAGAAUGGCAGGAGGCCCAAUUGAUCAAGCCCCAACAGAUGCGCAAUCAAACAGGGAUCAACACCACCAGACCGGAGAAUCAAUCAGCGACUGCUUCUACUCUGUUCACUGACGCGGCAUGGAAAGCACAAGAUAGAACUGCAGGCUGUGGUUGGAUCAUACACAAUCCACAAGAGAGAGAGACAACUCACGGCACAUCGACAGAACUCUGUGUCGCAUCACCUUUGAUGGCGGAAGCUCUAGCAGUCCGGGAAGCACUGCUUCAUGCUAGGUCCCUCCAUCUCUCCAAUAUCUGCCUUAAAUCAGAUAAUCAGGUGCUGGUUAAAGCACUAACCUCGAAGCAACAUCCGGUGGAACUCUACGGAAUCAACUUGGAUAUCGAGAACCUAUCUUCAUCGUUUUCUUCUGUUUCCUUUUCUUACAUCUCUAGGACUUUAAAUUCUGCUGCAGGUGCUUUAGCAAAAUCUGCUUUGUAUGGCUUGAACAUUUAG